AUCCAGAGGAUAAAACCUGCGACAGGCCACUCCUCUCCCUGGAUUCACUCCUCUCUCCUCUUCUUGCACCAAACAUCAUGGCUUUCACUGGGAAAUAUGAGCUGGAAAGUCAGGAGAACUAUGAGCAGUUUCUGGAAGCCAUCGGGCUGUCCAACGCCAAGACAGACCACAAAGUAAUCACUGAGGUGGUUCAGGACGGGGACAAAUUCACCUGGACACAGAGCAUUCCCAACUGGACCUGGUCCAACAGUUUCACCGUUGGUGAGGAGUGUGAGCUGAAGACCAUGACGGGUGCCAAUUUCAGGGCCCCUGUGGUCUUGGAGGAUGGGAAGAUUAAAAUAAACUUUCCUCAGUACCACUUCACAGCGGAGAUGAAAGAUGACAAACUCAUCAUGGAUUGCACAACAGGAGAGAAGGGCGUGACCUUUAAGCGGGUAAGCAAAAGGAUCUGAUGCUGCGAGACUCAACAUGUUCUACUGAGGCACAGGCAGCGGGAGGGUUAACAUUAUCAGCGCAAACGGAACAACAACCAUUUAAGUGAUGAUGCUUUUUUCUUGCUAUUUUUGUUUUAGUUAGUUAUAGUUGGUUAUAGAAUCGAGAAAAAUUCCUUCAGUUCUUGUGUCAUUUGUCAGGUCUUGUAAUUCUGUUGAUAAAUUAAAAGAAAUGUGUUCCAAU